AAUGGAUUUACCAAAGUGUUGCACCACAAAAUGCCUCAACAUCUCUUCUUUUUACGUUGAAAAGAAGAAAAAGUAUGCUUGCCAAAGCUGAGCCCAGUCAAAAUUCUGGGAUCAACAGAAAGAGUUCCUUAUAGACCCAAGGGUUCCAAGGAAUACUUUGAAAGGACUCUCUGAAUGCAUCAAGCUGUUCACGAUCUCUGUGCACGAAGAUGAAGACACUAUGGAAGAAGCCAAAGCUUUUUUCGCUAAAUAUGAUGAUGAAAUUAAGGAUCUCAACACAAAAUUUGGCAUUGCAAUGGCUGAUUCAGUUUACCACCAUUAUGCUCCUAUUCAGAAAGAAGCUCUAACUAUUUUUGAUUCACUGAAGAAAGAGAAGCUAUAUAAUGAAUUUACAGCUAAGUGUCUACAUGACUGGACCUUGGAGUAUGCAUCAAGUAAAGACAAAGGAAAUCAGCAGUUAUCAAAUGCUCGGUUCGAGCAAUAUGAAGGAUCCCUUCCUGCAGGAGCAGACGAUAAUCCAAUAUUUCUGUCGGAAGAAAUCAUCCAUAUAUUGAAUAACUUUCACGAACUGAUUGAACAGGAAAAGCAUGAGAUAAGAAAUCGUGACCAGAAUGCUAGCGAACUGAAAGAUUCGAUAUUUAAAAUCUUUAAUAAUACUAAGGACUUACUCAAGCAUAUUGAAGGCCUCCAGAAAAAAGAACUUGAGAGUAUUAUAAAACAGGAUGAGGUCAUUAAAGCUGAAUUAAAGCAGAGAGAUAAGGCCGUAAAUGAGGAAUUAGAAGAAUCUCGCAGAAAAGAAGAUGAUCUAAGAGAGCAAAUCUUAAGAGCAAACCAAGAGAUUGAGCGAAGAGACCAAAUGAUCAUGGAACUUAACCAAGAAAAAGAAAGACUCAUUGAGCUGAAUGAUGCUAGGGUAGAUCCUGAAGUAGUACAGACAAUAGAACUCCCUGAGAAUGAAAUUUACGAUAUAUAUGAGUUUAGAGACUUCUUGAACAGGACAUUAGGACCAAAUAGCGAUAAUUUACAAGGAUCUUCGCUACAUCUGAACGUGAAUAGGAAAUCUGACGAAGGACUGAUCUUGGCGUCUGAGAAGAGAUUUCCUAAUAGCAUUAAGCAGAUCAUCAUAGGAAGGCUACUUGGAUUCGAGAAGGACGUACUAAAACAAUUCUUACUCAGCUCUCUCCCUUCUGACAUUGAGACCUUCUGCUUCGGAUGGGACUCUUGUGGGCUUAUAAACUUCUCGCACUAUUUUUCUGAAAUCUUUUCUCUUCGAGCAUCUAUCACUAAAGAACUAUUCAUCUGGGAUUUCAGGCUGAGUCAAUAUCAAGUAAUGAAGAUCAUUGAAGGAUUUAAGCACUUGAAGACAUUGCAUUUUACUUGUUGCUUGCUAGAGAUAGAAUCUGUUCCUGAUUUCGAAGAUACCCUCGAAGGAUCUCAAAUAAGCCACCUCGAUUUCGAUCGGUGAGGAGGCGGAAGACAUUCAUGGAAGAGAGACCCAAGCCCAUUCAUAAAUUUAAUGACAGGGUUAGGAUAUUCUGAUGAUUUUAGAGAUUCUCUGAAAACAGUUGGUCUUAAUGGCUGUAAUCUUACUAAACCCAAAACAAGGCAGAUAUUAAAUCAAAGUAGCUUUGAGCAUGUCAGGUUUUAAG